UAUUUUUAUUUUCUUUAAUCCCUUUCUUUAACAUUGCUAGAUUUGACGUUUUCCACUCCUGACAUGUAGGAGUGUUAGCAAUUUUUCUGCAAUGGAGAUUACGAUUUUUCAGUAUCUGCAUUGUUUAGUUGGCCAAGCUCCAAGGCUUGAUUGAAUUUAUGGGGCCUUAAUGGGCAGAGGUGUGUGUGCUGUGCUGAGUGCCAUUCGAGUUGUUUACUGCUUCUGUACAUUUAAAAUUGCAGAGAGGGAAUUCUGGAAGGGGCAAAGUAAUUUUGCUAUUGUUAAGGUGCGAGUAUUGGCACCCUUGCAUUGCAGAUUCUUGGCAAUCUCAUGACACGUGGAGGCAGCUCAGUCGAGAUUCUGGUGCUGGUGCAGGGGGAGGUUGGUUUGGAGGAAAAAGUUUGUGAGUGUAUGGAGCCCUGGCCAUGGGCGACAAAAAGAAAAUAUAUGAUCUUUUGUAUGCACAACAGAAACUUUUGCGUGCCCACCAAAACUUUUGCGUGCCUACCAAAACUUUUGUGUGCCCACUACAAUGUUUGCGUGCCCACCAGAAACUUUUGCGUUCGCACCAGAAAGUUCAGGAGAAUAUCUGGCGCAUACCGGAGGCCACCCAGUAACAUCUUGGCUUGUUAUGUUUCAGUUUGGAUACGACGGUGACAGUACAGGAGUUAGUCGUGCUAUAUUUUAACCAUGGACUUUUCUGAAUCUAGGUACAGAUCAGAGGUAUUUUUGGCCCUAAAAGAACAAGGUGGGGGCAAGUGGUCCCGAGGAAGUUGAUAAAGGUACAGCAGUAUAGCACAGACACUGUGUUAUCUUUAGUUUAAUGCUAAAGACACAACACAAAAAGUCGGGGUGUGCCUUUCUUCAUAAAGGCUACAACAAGGGCAAUCACAGUUUGAGUGGCGUCAUGAGUUGUUCAAUGAUUUGGACUGAAUGUCUCUUCUGGUUCACACCAGCCACCUGUUCCUGCGCAACACAGGAUACCACAGAGCCUUACACCUCUUUGUGAUGGUGUACAAACACUAACAUCCUGCUCUGAAACCUCUUGUUUACAAGCAACAAAUGACAUAAUUCAUUUGUUAGUCACUCUGUUUGAUUCAUUGAGCGCAGCGUCGAACUUCCUUGUUGACGACAGUCUGAACAAACAUUUCGAUAUUUAUCUGCGGCAGCUGUCUUUCGGAGACCACAGUCCAAUUGCCAAUGAAACAGAACGACGACAAAAAUGAACAGAUGAAAAGUACUGAUAGGCGCCGAGGAUGAGUGAUGCCCACGUUUUUAAGAUGUACUCUGACACAACUUUAAAUGAAAAACAAUUCAUUUUAGUUGUAUUUUGAAUCACCUACUUCAUGUUUCACUUCAUGUUUCUUGAAAAGUAUUUGUGUUUCACAAAGAGAUGGUUUGACUCUGAAACUUGAACUUGAGAUGACUCAGUGGAAAAUGUGAAAGCUGGAACCUGAGGUUGAGUUGAAAAGUACAUAUCGGUGUGUUGCGGUGUUCCCGACCUUGAGCUAAGUGUGAAGACAUAAAUGUAAAUGUCACUUUUAUUUGUAGUCAUAUGCGUCCGCUCUGACAGUUUGGGAGGAGAUUUACAGCUAUAGGGUAAACUCCAAGCACAUGGCGUCACUCUCCUCUUCUCAGGAUCAUACCUUUCAUCACCAUGACCGUUCUGAAGAGCAGCUUUGGCCUGUCUGUCGUUGCGCGGUAUAUAUGGAACAACUGUGUUUGUGGAAUAAGUGCUCGGAACUAUUAAUUACUCAAAUGCAGCAAAUGGCGCACAGUGAAUGUAAAAUGAGUCAUGCGUUUACUAGUUGCUACAAGUAAAAGUCCCGCGUUUAGAAAUGUUGAUUCACUAGAUGUACAGCUGAAUCGACAACAACGUUUUAAUGUUGAAGUUGAUUCGUUUAUGGAUAGUUUAAUCUAAAAACAACACAUCAUAAUUGAAAAAAAGUCUUAAGUCGUCUUGAGUACUUCCACUUUGCACCAAUUACGUGCAACAUUUAUUCGAAAGUACUUUGCAGAUCAAUAUUCUGACGUCAAACCUUUAUUAUGAUCUUAUCAAAUAUUUAACUAUACGGCAACAUAUACAUCACACCCAAAUUGAAUCUGAAACUGACAAAACAUAGUCAAAUGUGAGCGGUCAGCUGCUUUUGAUUUACUUUGUCCAGUGGAGGUUUAAGAAAAAGGUACUAAUGUUUUGUCCUUUUUGAACUUGAAUUUAACUCUAACAGUGUUCUUUGUUGAUGUGUUCAUUUGUAUUUACCGGAUAACUUUUUUGAUUCUUUUUGUCUCCAUACACAAUGACCUAGACGAUAUUAUAGCAUGUCAAUGCAUCAGAUAAUAAGAAUAAAACGACAAAGCACUCUGCAGUGCAGCAUAAUGAACACUUUCACUUAUACAAAUUAAAACAAAACAAAGACCUUGACUUGCAAAUGAGUAUUUCUGCCCUGGGAUGUUGCUAUUUGCCCAUAAGUACAACUCUGGAGGUACUUAAUAGAUUCUUCUUCUAUUCCACUAUAGUUUAGCGAUAUUGUUUGUCUUUAUUCCACCGUGUUUAUCUGAUGGCAGAAGUCAUUACUUUGCGGGUGACAGGAUACUUACAUUUGGCUGAUAUUGCUUGCGUGCUCUAACUUUUAGAUGGAAGUCUUUGACUGGUGAUAGAAUGAAUCAGAACCAACUCAUUUUUCUUGCUGACUGGGCUGAUGCAUCUACUGUGUUGGCUGCAUUUUACUCUCCACUAACAGCAGAGGUGGAGCUUUUGAGGACCUUUUUAUGUUGUGUUGGCCGCUUCGGUCUCUAGUGCAGAAGUCUCAUCUCAUUUAGGGACGAAAAACGUCACUUUCUUCAAACAAGUGAAAAGAAAAAAUCUGUUAGUGCAGGUUGUUGCACUGAGAUAAGACAAGCUGUUCCUUUAUUCGUCCCCACAACGGGGAAAUAACGGAACUGAAAAUAUAUUAAACUAUGCCAAAAAAACAGUGGAUCACAAAUUGAAAACAUGCUUGAAUAUUAUAAAUUUUUUGAGAAAAAAGGAAGGGUUUGGACUCAAUUACUGACUAACAAAAGACUUGACAGAAAAUGAGAUGUUUUUUUGCAGGGAUCAAUGCAUCAUAAUUUCAAGUGUUUUUGCACGAAAUAUCUUCAUCUGUUAGAUAAAGUGCAAUGAAAUAAGAUCACGUCCCUUCCUGAAAUGUAGAGGAAUAGAAGUAUAGAGGAGCAAGAAAUGAAUUACUGUUUAAGCAAAACAAAACGUGUUCUUAGACCUGUAGUGGAACGAAAGCCAUUACAGUUCCAUUUCAGCCAACAUAUUCUUAAUGAACGGUUAUUGACAUGUUGUUCAUGCAUGACUUCUCCGCGCAUGGUCUUGUUUGAGCCGGUCGAGCCGUUGUGGGACAGUGCCGGUGUCUCCCGAGAGAGGAUGACGGUCAUGCAGUCAGGGCUGCGGACGGCGCGAAGGUGCGUGGUGAGGAGGAAGUGGAAGCGAGGCGCUGUGACCUCCUCGACCACGAGCGCGGCGCCUGGCUGCGGUGCGCAUGUGGCGCUCGGCUGCUGCGCCGCGCCGACGACCCACUGGCUGCGCGACGCGCAGAGGAGGAGCUGCCUGCGCCAGAGGCCCGGGGAGAAACUCCCCCGUCCGUCAGUGAGCGUGACCGCGACGCGAGGUGCAGCUCGCGCUCUCUCCGAGCAUCAUUCGCCAACCAAUAACACCCACCUGAGUCAGUGUCUCCCGUGGAUUGCUCUUGUUUUCAUUAACUUUCUUCUUGUUGUUUGGUGUGCGGAUUUUUUUUUUUUUUUUUUUUUUUUACCUCUGCGCCUGAAAGACACUCCUGGAGACGAUGGAUUUGUUUGUCGGUGGGAAACUUGGGAGACGCGCGUUGAUGGAAAGGGUCGCCGCUUCGGAAGUCCCAGAGGAGAGUGGCCGCAAAGUGUGAAACAGUGACAGACCUCCCCGCAGGCAUGAACACCACGGCGCCGAUGGGGCGAUUUCAGCCGCCCACCAUCCCGGCGAUCAUGUUCAUUUUCGGGGUGGCGGGGAACGUCAUCGCCAUCGUGGUGCUGCGGAUAUCGCGCAAGGAGCAAAAGGAGACGACCUUCUACACGCUCGUGUGUGGCCUGGCCGUGACGGACCUGCUGGGCACCCUGCUGGCCAGCCCCGUCACCAUCGCCACCUACAUGAAGGGCUCGUGGCCGGGGGGCGAGCCGCUGUGCCAGUACUCCGGCUUCAUCCUGCUCUUCUUCUUCUUGGUCCAGCUCAGCAUCGUGUUCGCGAUGUCGGUGGAGAGAUUCCUGGCGAUAAACCACGCGUAUUUCUACAACGAGUACGUGAACCAGAAGCUCGCCGCGCUGACCCUGUUGGCCAUCUACGUCUCCAACACCGUGUUCUGCGCGCUGCCCGGCCUGGGGCUCGGCCAGGUGAAGCUCCAGCGGCCCGGGACGUGGUGCUUCAUCGACUGGCAGAACAACCUCACGACGGUCGCCACUUUCAACUUGAUGUACGCGGGCGUGAACUCGGUGAUCGUGCUGGCCACCGUCAUAUGCAACGUGAUGGUGUGCGGCGCGCUCAUCCUGAUGCACAAGAGGUUCAUCCGCCGCACGUCCCUGGGCACGGACCAGCGGCGCAUCGCGGAGCUCCGGCGCAGACGGAGCUUCGGACGACUGGCCGGAGCAGAGAUCCAGAUGGUGAUCCUGCUCAUCGCGACCUCGGCUGUGGUUCUCAUCUGCUCCAUACCUUUAGUCUUGAGGAUCUUUGAGAACCAGCUGUACAGGAACCAAAAAGAGGAGACGUUCGGACUGAAUAAAGACCUGCUGGCCAUCCGCAUGGCCUCCAUCAACCCCAUCUUAGACCCUUGGAUCUACAUCCUGCUCAGAAAGACAGUGGUCCUCAAGCUGAUGGAGAAGAUCAAGUGCCUGUUCUGCAAAAUGGGCGGGCGGGGGCGGAGGGACGGCAGCCAGUUCCACUGUGCCAAUGGCCACCUCUCCUCCUCCAUCAUCUCACGGGACUCCCCGUCACAGUUGUCGCACGAGCUGCGGGAAAUGGUGAGCAGCUCGCAGACCUUCCUGUGCCUGUCCGAUGGAAACACCGGGAGGCCGGGGCCGUUUCGAGCGGGGCCACAGGACGGCUCCAGCUCGCCAGUGGUGCAGACAUUGACACUGCAGGGCCCCCAGGAGGUUGAGGGGCCGCGGGGGGGGCUUUCACCGAGCGAUUUAGAGGACACGGCACCGGGCAGGCCACUGAAAGAGGUUCCAGUGUGCCCGAAGGACCCGGCGCUACAUGUGACCUUCACAGACGAGACUGCAAGCACGCAGGAGAAAUGCAUAUAACAGGGUCAGCAUUAGCUCCGCAGUCACUGACCACUGCAAUAGGACUGUGCCAGCACAGAAGACAGGGACUAAUGGGAGCGUAGCAAAAGACAUUCCGAUGAAAGGAAAAGCCUCUGAAGACUGAAUGAUCAUCCACCAAUCCGGAGAUAUCUAGCGGGCCGCUAAUAAAAUGGCAUUUGAUAGAUGUAUUAUUGAGCUAAACACCCAUUACCUAUGUAUUACUCUUCAGUCAUAUCGCUCACCACAAGGACCAAAUCACUUAAUACACUUCAGCACCGCCACGACUGCUAUAUCAACCAAACCAUAAGAGAGCAACGUGUGGUUGUGGGGGAGCUCUUUUGUUGCACUUCGUAAUUUCUAAAUCCACCGCUCAGCUGUUUUUUUGUUUCGUAGCAUUUUGACAACCUGCAGCGACUGUAAGGAAUUACUGUUAAAUGUGAUGAUGUUUAUUUAUUCUAAGUAUUGUCUUCUCUGUGAGAAGGUCCAGAUAGUUUGGAGUCACUUUAAAUUGGUACAAUAUGAAUAUGUUCCAUAGUUUCGUUUUUUUUCUCGGAGGAACAUUUGCAAAAAAUUGGGUCAUACUGGUUGACAGAGCAGCUCGAACAUCAAAGCUCGACUCGUACCAGCCCUUGUGUUUCAGAACAAAAGGCAGCUACACUGUGGAUUUUCCACAGCUUAGAUAGUGGAGGAGGUGAGGAGGCCUCCGAAAGUAAAGCUUUGAUAUAAAACUUGUUUAUUUACUUUGUUCAGUCCAUUGACAUCUUUAGGAUUAGUCCAAGUUCAUUUUAUUUACCCAUAAUGUGAUGUGCAUCUAAUGGAGUUAAGGGAAAUUGAAGACACUGAGCUUCCUUUUGGGGUCUUUUUCUUCUUUGUCUAAAAAUGUAUUCAUGGUUCGACAUGGAGACCAAUGUUAUUGUCGCUAUAACGAUAUGAAUAUGAAAACUUUUUCAGAUUUCAAUGUUAAAGUUGUCGUCUGUUUGUUUUUCUCCCUGUAGCAACAUCAACAUCAAAUUUACCGCUGAAUGUUGAUUCUCUUCUGAACCAAGUAAUGUCGUAGCAAAGACGUGAAUAAACUGAAACGAAAAGUUGGUAAAUAUUCAUAUUAUAAGUUUUCAAUAGAAACAGUGUGAACUGUGAACCGAGUCGGUUUAUGAUGUUAAGCUCAACGCCCGCGGUCAGAAGGAACAGUGGGAAUAAGCAGCCGUGUUUGGAGCUGCGGCGCUCAGUCGAUCAAUGGAUGAGUCGUCAGACAGAAAAGGAAACCGCAACUGAUUGUUGAUUAAACAAUGAAGUCAUUUUUUUAAGCAAGAAUGUCAAAAACAUCACUAUAAGGGUUUCUUGAUUAUAUUACCAUAGUACUAUCUUUGGAUCUUUGACAUUUGGUCGUACAAAACAAAGAAUUUAAAGAUAACAGUGAUGCCCCCCCCCUUUUUUUUUUAGACAAAACGAUUUAGGAAUUAAUCAAGAAAAUCAUUUAGGUAUCAAUGAAUAAUGAUAUAAUCCCUUAUCAAAUACAGUACAUAGGCUGAGAAACUCAAUAGAUUGAGUUUUAAAAGCACAACAAAACUCAAUAGAUUGAGUUUUAAAAGCACAACAAAACCCAGUGAAGAUAAAUGUGCAAAUAAAUGCAAAGCCUGUUGUGGAAAAACACAAACUAAUACACUAAUGACUCUAAUUUUCCUGUUCGAUUAAUUUAAAAUAAAGCCAGAAAUGGCAAAAACACAUCCUGAAAUUCAAGCCCGGUCUUUAAAUAACAGUUUCUUUCACCAGCACAUCAGGGUCAGUUGGCAAUGUAUCUGCUGAGAAAGUACAGGUCAGCUUUCAGCCCUUCCUGCAGCAUCUGCUGAUGGCUAAACCAUUUCUAACCAAUAAGCCAGUUCAGACGGCGCGUCACCACUCACCUGGGGACAGACGCCGUCUUCGCCCCAUCCCCAGGUCCCGUGCGGGGCCGGUGUCAGGGGCCGGUGUCCGGGGCCCGGGGCCCGGGGCCCGUGUCCGGGGCCGGAGUCCGGAGCAGUGAAGAACCUCCCUCCACAAAACAAUAAGACAUGAAGGAGAGCUGCGACCUCAGACUGGGGAAUCUGUUGAAACCGUAGGGGUCUCGCGGGGGAGGCAGGAAGUAAUGAUUAACAAAACAGUGGUGAUGGGAUUGUUAACAGAGGGCAGAAAGAAAACCGAUGCUUCCUGGAAACUUGUCCCCUUCUGUCCUCACCUCAUCAACCUACGCCAGUGAUACACUACAGUGUAUCGCACAGGCCGCUUUUUCGACAUUCAAGCUCCCGUCUUGAGAAGCCUGUGAAAACAAUUGGGUAUUAGAGGGUGCCUUUUUAAAAAAAAAAAUUUAAACAGUCAUUGUUGAAGCUGUGGCCUUUACGGCACAGCAACAUAGUUUUGGGCAAUGAGGAAUCCAGGAAAUGAUUGAAAUGAAAUCAAGGUUCAUUUUAGGGGUUCCGGGAAAUUAAACCCAUUAAAACCCGCUCUCUCUCUCUUUACCAAAGUUCAUGGGAAUCCAUCCAAAAGUUCUCAAGAUAUAUUUCACCACAGGAAAUGGCUGCUGAUUACCGAAGCGUAUAAAUUUUAUCCUCUGGCGAACAUCAACGUCUUUACCAAAAAAAUUCCACUGUGUUUGUGAUAUUUCAGUCCGCGCCAAAGUGGUGCCAGAGCUCAGUGUAAACAUCGGAUUACUCCACGGACGAAUCGGAACAAGCCAGGGCAGAAGCUAUCCCCCGAUAUUGUCAGACAGGGAAUUUCUUAAGCUCACAUUAGAAACUAAAAAAAAUAAAUGUGUGUAUGUUCUCGUGUCGUAGACACAAGCAGCUGUGAGGGAGAUAGAGUAGGUUUGAAUGAGUGAAAACACUGUAGGCAAUUAAUAACAAUCAGUUAAAGUGGUUUUAUUUCACCUUCUUCAGUUUUCAAAGCUUUGAUUGACUGACUCGCAGUUGCACCUUCCAGAUACAUGUGUAUUUAACCUAAAUUCACUUGGCGCACCCUGGUUAUACAACAGGUGCCUUCCAUUUAUCAUAUUAUGCAACCUCCAAAAACAACAACUGCAACCAGCGCGGAUUUGGGUGUGUCACGGGCGAGGGUGUGAUUAUGUGUGAUUAUGUUUUUCUUUUUCCUGGUUAAAAUAUUUUUGUUUGAAUUUAAAACAAUUUGUAGAAAUUUGUUCUCUGUGUCUGUGCCAUAUACACUUAAUAAAGGGUAGCACUUUUUCGUCGGCAACUUUCC